GGGUCAGCUGGGGGUGGCAGUUCCAGGCCGGGAGGCCGGGCUCCUGGGUCGGUGGGCUGGUGUCUUGGCGGACGUCCAGCAGCUGCCGCGUGGAUCCGAGCCGGGGCACCCGCCGUGACUGGGACAGCCCCCAGGGCGCCCUCGGCCCCAUCCCGAGUAGCGCGGCCUGGCUGCUGCCGCCAUCAAGCACGUUCGAGCCAAAAGCUCCUAACGAGUCACUCGUUAGACACGUGUGCGGAGCCUGUGUCCCAGGCCAGUGCUGUCCCGUGGAGAUAGAUUGCAAGCCGCUAGGGAAUUUUUUAACUUUCUAGUAGGUGUACGAAAAAAGUAAAACGAAACAAAUCAAUUGGAGUAAAUCCAUAAAUAUAUUCAAACUAUUAUUUCAAUUGUAUGUGAAAAAAUUAUUGGGAUAUUCUUUGUACUAUUCUUAGAAAUCCAUUGUGUGUCCAACCCAAACAUCACAGUUGGACUCACCACAUCUCCUGUACUUCGUAGCCCUAGGUGGCUAGUGGCAUAAGACACAAAAAUCUCAGCCCUCCUGGAGCUUAUGGUCUAGUUGGAGCAGGCAGACAAUACAUUUAAAAUAUACAGUUUGUUAGAAGGUAAAUGUUGUAAACAACAAUAACAAUUGAAGUACUGGGGAGAGUUGCAGUUGUAAAUCAGAUGGGCAGGGCACAAGGUAACAUUUGAGUAAAGAUGUAAGAGCUUGAAGGAGAUGGGCAAGUGAGCCCUAUAAGUAUACGGGAGAGGGGCAAGCAAGAGUUCAGAGGCCCCUUGCUGUGGGGAGGGAUCCAAGGUGGAGGAGUGGGAACCAGGAGGGGAGAGGACCAGUGGAGCAGAUCUCAUAGGCAGUUGUAAGGACUUGGGGCCUUAUUCAAUGAAAUGAGAACACUUUGGAGAGUUUUGAACAGAGCAGUGACUGAUUUAUGUUUUGGUUUUGGUUUAGUUCUUUCUAUUAUUAUUUAAUAAUAGGCUUAUUAUUUCACAGAAGUUUUAUUUAAUAAGGCAGACCUCUUGUCUGGAAAUGAGACAGGUGCCGGAGAGCUGGAUGGAGGCAGAUCGGGAAUUCCAUUUGGGGCAAACUGAACUUGAUUGAGACCCUGGUAGUUGUCCAGAUGGAACAGGACACCUGAGUCUAGGGUUCAGGAAGAACUCCAGAUGGGACAAACACUCCUAGCUUUCCUUUUCUCUUUUUGGAUGACCGCUACAGGUAUCCUUUGGGUGCAGUGAGACACCAGGAGAGCUGCUGCUUUGGGGGAUGGACAGGGGCAGCAGGAAUGCCUUUGUGUUUUCGCAGUGAACCUCCUUGGCCUGGGCGAAGCUGUGUGGACCAAGCAAGUCAGGAGUGUGGCCAUGUUUUCUGAGCAGGCUGCCCAGAGGGCCCACACUCUACUGUCCCCACCAUCAGCCAACAAUGCCACCUUUGCCCGGGUGCCAGUGGCAACCUACACCAACUCCUCACAACCCUUCCGGCUAGGAGAGCGCAGCUUUAGCCGGCAGUAUGCCCACAUUUAUGCCACCCGCCUCAUCCAAAUGAGACCCUUCCUGGAGAACCGGGCCCAGCAGCACUGGGGCAGUGGAGUGGGAGUGAAGAAGCUGUGUGAACUGCAGCCUGAGGAGAAGUGCUGUGUGGUGGGCACUCUGUUCAAGGCCAUGCCGCUGCAGCCCUCCAUCCUGCGGGAGAUCAGCGAGGAGCACAACCUGCUCCCCCAGCCUCCUCGGAGUAAAUACAUACACCCAGAUGACGAGCUGGUCUUGGAAGAUGAACUGCAGCGUAUCAAACUAAAAGGCACCAUUGACGUGUCAAAGCUGGUUACGGGGACUGUCCUGGCUGUGUUUGGCUCCGUGAGAGACGAUGGGAAGUUUCUGGUGGAGGACUAUUGCUUUGCUGACCUUGCUCCCCAGAAGCCCGCACCCCCACUUGACACAGAUAGGUUUGUGCUGCUGGUGUCCGGCCUGGGCCUGGGUGGAGGUGGAGGCGAGAGCCUGCUGGGCACCCAGCUGCUGGUGGAUGUGGUGACGGGGCAGCUUGGGGAUGAAGGGGAGCAGUGCAGCGCCGCCCACGUCUCCCGGGUUAUCCUCGCUGGCAACCUCCUCAGCCACAGCACCCAGAGCAGGGAUUCUAUCAAUAAGGCCAAAUACCUCACCAAGAAAACCCAGGCAGCCAGCGUGGAGGCUGUUAAGAUGCUGGAUGAGAUCCUCCUGCAGCUGAGCGCCUCAGUGCCCGUGGACGUGAUGCCAGGCGAGUUUGAUCCCACCAACUACACGCUCCCCCAGCAGCCCCUCCACCCCUGCAUGUUCCCGCUGGCCACUGCCUACUCCACGCUCCAGCUGGUCACCAACCCCUACCAGGCCACCAUUGAUGGAGUCAGAUUUUUGGGGACAUCAGGACAGAACGUGAGUGACAUUUUCCGAUACAGCAGCAUGGAGGAUCACUUGGAGAUCCUGGAGUGGACCCUGCGGGUCCGUCACAUCAGCCCCACAGCCCCUGACACUCUAGGUUGUUACCCCUUCUACAAAACUGACCCGUUCAUCUUCCCAGAGUGCCCGCAUGUCUACUUUUGUGGCAACACCCCCAGCUUUGGCUCCAAAAUCAUCCGAGGUCCUGAGGACCAGACAGUGCUGUUGGUGACUGUCCCUGACUUCAGUGCCACGCAGACUGCCUGCCUUGUGAACCUGCGCAGCCUGGCCUGCCAGCCCAUCAGCUUCUCGGGCUUCGGGGCAGAGGACGAUGACCUGGGAAGCCUGGGUCUGGGCCCCUGACUCAAAAAAGUGGUUUUGACCAGAGAGGCCCAGAUGGAGGCUGUUCAUUCGCUGCAGUGUCGGCAUUGUAAAUAAAGCCUGAGCACUUGCUGAUGGGA